AUGCCAACAGAGAUCUCAGCACCCCUACACUUCCGCACUCUCCUAAACGGUCACACAUAUCUCAUCGCCGACUUCUACGCAACAUGGUGUCCACCUUGCAAGCAAAUCGCGCCCAUCUACAACCAACUCUCUACCGCACACACCUCACCAGGGAAAUUCGCAUUCGUAAAAGUCAACGUGGAUGAGCAGAGAGAGAUCGCGGGGCAAUAUGGUGUCACAGCUAUGCCGACGUUCAUGGUCUUCAAGGAUGGAAAGAAGAUUGAGGAGAUCAGGGGCGCGGAUGUGAGGGCGCUGAAGGCUGCCGUGGAGAAGGUUGCUGGUGAGUUGGGGAAGGUUAAGGAUGAGAAAGUGGAGGCGAAGAAGCCUGAGGUCAAACCAGAGGUCAAGGAGGACAGCAAGAAGGAGGAGGAUGAGAAUACCGUUACCAUUGCGCUACUGCCCGCGAUUGCCUCGGCAUCGGCCGUCAUCGACCUCACACCCUCCAACUUCGAUGAUGUCGUUCUUAAGUCCGGCAAGCCCGCCCUUGUAGAGUUCUUCGCUCCCUGGUGCGGCCACUGCAAGAACCUCGCCCCCGUCUACGAUGAGCUCGCUGGUGUCUUCCAGCACGCCGGAGACAAGGUCAGCGUCGCGAAGGUCGACGCCGAUGCCCACAAGUCGCUCGGCAAGCGUUUCGGUGUCUCAGGCUUCCCUACCCUCAAGUGGUUCGACGGAAAGAGCGACAAGCCUACGGAUUACAGCGGCGGACGUGACCUCGAGAGCUUGAGCAAGUUCAUCACAGAGAAGAGCUCGGUCAAGCCUAAGGUCAAGGGCAAGCUGCCUAGCCAGGUCGUCUACUUGGACGACAAGACCUUCAAGGAGAAGGUUGGAAAGGACCAGGAUGUGCUCGUUGCCUUCACUGCUCCAUGGUGUGGACACUGCAAGACCCUCGCCCCCGUCUGGGAGACCCUCGCCAACGACUUCGUUACCGAACCCGGUGUCUUGAUCGCUAAGGUCGACGCUGAAGCUGAGAACUCUAAGGCCCUCGCACAGGAGCAAGGCGUGUCAUCCUACCCGACCAUCAAAUACUUCCCCAAGGGCUCCACCGAGCCUCUUCCCUACAACGGCGCCCGUGCCGAGAAGGACUUCGUCGACUUCAUCAACGCAAACGCCGGUACCCACCGUGCUGUAGGUGGUGGUCUUGACGCCACUGGUGGCACCAUCGAGGCCUUCAACACCCUCAUUGAGAAGUUUCAGGGCUCAUGGGCCGGCGGUGCUGAGGAGGCCAAGACCCUCGCCGGUACUCUGCAGGACAAGUACGCCGAAUACUACGUCAAGGUCUUCAACAAGAUCGGUGCCAACCAGGAGUACGCUGCGAAGGAGCUCAAGCGUCUGCAGGGACUCAUUGCCAAGGGCAACCUGGCACCCGAGAAGAUGGAUGACCUGAUGAGCAGGAGCAACAUCUUGAGGAAGUUCAUGGGUGAUGCUGAGGAGGAGAAGUCUGAGUUGUAG